GAAGGAGUUGUGAGAGAGCCAAGAGAGACUGAAGAGUUGUAGAAGAACGAGUCAGCUGAAUGAAUUACAAAUCUCAGGAGGGAGAAAGAUGAAGUUAACUAAGGCACAGUAUGAUGAGAUUGCUCGUUUCAUCAGCAAUUUGAAGCCUACACGGCAAUGUAUGAAGAAGUUGAAGGAGAGGUUUCCUCGUCAAUCGCAGUCCACUCUGCUGAGCAUCUUCUCCCAGGAGUACCAGAAGCUUAUUAAAAGGACUCACGCAAGGCAUCAUGCUCCAGACACUGUGGAAUUUUACUACGAAUGGUACUUACAUGACAUAGCAGCAGACCCAACAGCACCUGUCCUGCUAAACCUAGCUAAUGAGGUGGACUUUUCUCCAGCUCUUAUUGCACGCACUGUUUUGGAGAGAUUCCUUCAAGAUAAGGAUGGGCAACCACCCACAAAGCCUGCCUUGAACAGCAUGAUGCGUGAUCCAUCCUUAAUUCCAGAUUCUGUCCUCGCCAACCAGGUGCAACAGUGCAUUAUCAAUGACUCUUGUAAUGGACCUUUAGUUGACUGCAUCAAACAUGCUAUUGGCUUUGAGCAUGAAGUGCUUCUAAGAGAAAAACUGAUAGAGAAGAAUCUUGCAUUCUUAGAUGAAGACCAGCUGCGUCUGAAGGGUUAUGAUAAAACUCCAGACUUUAUUCUGGAAGUGCCAGUAGCUGUAGAUGGACAUGUUAUUCACUGGAUAGAAAGUAAAGCCUCCUUUGGCGAUGAGAGCAGCCACCGCAUGUAUCUACAGGAGCAAUUCUGGAGCUAUUGGAACAGAUUUGGGCCUGGCCUGGUGAUUUACUGGUAUGGAUUCAUUGAGGAGCUGGACUGUAACCGGGAGCGUGGUAUUCUAUUGAAGGAUGAGUUUCCCAGUGAUAUUGUAACUCUGAGUAGCUGCGUGGCUCUGGAAGAUGAGAGCAGCCAACGUACAGGAGACUGUAAGACAGAUAGAAACCAGGAAACAGUGUAGUAUUUCCAUGCAGGCCUUAAAUGUUGAACUCUAGAUGAACUGCAGUACGAGGUUACAGAGCUGCUUUUUCAUACAAACACUCAGGCAAUCUGUUUACCUUCCUUCCCAUCUGCCCUUCUGCCCUGUGCUACAACCCAAAGCUUACGCAUUAUCUGUAACACCUCUGCUUGUGCAGAUGAUCUGCAGACAUACUCACUGGCCUUCCUUCCGUUUGCACCCUUCCAGUUACAGCGAGGAGGAAACCAAUGCUCUUCUGACGCCCUUGUUCUUACAACUCCCCUGAAAUGCCUGCUAAGGACCUGUCUGUGCAGGCUUGUUUCUUCAAACCUGUAGAAUAGUCUAGGGAAAUCAACAGACAUUUUAUAAUAAAUACUGCCAUU